CCGUGUUGCCCCCGCUUUUCUGAAGUAUAUACGUACGAUGCUAUCUCAAUCGACGGCUUGAAGUUUCAUAAUUUCUACUUCUAACAUCUACUGAAGGACAUUCUACCUUGAUAAAUAAGUCAUUUUUAUAAUAUCAAAGAUCAAAUUGAAUAGACAUGCAGUUUCCCACUCCAUCUCUCUUGGCAGUCGCCACGGGUGUCGUCGGCUCAGCUUGGUCCUCAGGCAUGAUUGCUAGCAUUUCGGUCAUCGGGGUUCCCGGGGCUUUGAUUGCCUCUUCGUCACCCGCCACCAUCUGGGCCGAAUUCUUCGCUCGCGGCGUCGCCCUCAUGCCCAAGGUCGCCGCCACCACUGCGGUAGGAUUCCUUUAUGCCGCGUACGACACUCGCCAGCGCGGCGGAAACUGGAAGGGCUUCGUGGCCGCGGGAACGCUGGCGCUGGCGAUUGUUCCGUAUACGUUGGCGUUUAUGGCCGGGACAAACAAUCUGCUUCAUGGAGCGGUAAGCGGAGCUGGUGCUUUUAGUGAAGGAGAGGUGAAGAGGUUGAUUAGCAAAUGGGGAGCCUUGAACUUGGGACGAAGUGUGCUACCGCUUGCCGGGGCAGGCGUGGGGUUGGUUACGUUGCUUCAGAAUGUUCUGUAAGGGAAGUGGUUCUUAGAAGAUGUCACACCGAGGUGACGACUGUACAAACACCACGACCCCGAUGUAUCUAAGUAAACUGCCUAUU